AUGGACCCUCAUGAAAACCAGCUUCCCACAGUUGAUGAAAAUAAAAAUUCUAUUAUUGGAUGCUCCAAUAGUCGUAUCGAAAAAAACGACGACAAAAAUUCUAGUGAUAAAGAUUUGGUGGCCGAAGGUCUCUCUACUGUUGAAGCACUUGUAGUUGUUAGUGAAAAUGAAGAUGCUGCUAGCUUUCAAGCAGAAAAUUCUACUACUGUGAAUCAUUCCGAAAGUGAUACUGUAGUUGAACUACCUGUUAUUGAAGAUACUAACUUACAAGCAGAAAAUUCUACUGCAGAGGAUCAUUCUGAGAGUGAUACCGUAAUCGAGCCUCCUUUUGUUGAAUAUGGUGCACCAGCAAUUGAUAUAUUUCCUUAUUGUCCGAUUGAGUUUCCAGAAAGCACACCUUUGCUCGACCAGUACGUCAGAGAGUUAACGUCACUAUUGCAACAAUAA